AAACAACAAUUGAAAGACUUGUUAUCGGCAUUCACCCGGAAACGCAUACACGCGCUUCCAAUUCAAACAAACGGCAUUUUAUUUUCACACAGGUCACAGUAAUUCAGCCCAGAAAUUUGUACCAAUUGACUUUUUAAAAGCUUUCAAUUGGCAUUACAAUUUAAUUUAGUGUAAUAAACAUGUCGCACAAGCCGAACAAUGUAUUGCGUGCUAAGGAAAAUGCAUUUCUCAAACCAGGAACUGGAACUUCUGCAGCAGUAGCUGCAAUUGCAAUGCAAAAAAAGCAAUUAUUAACAAAAAAGCCCACGACUGAAACUUUGACGGCAGCACCUGGCUGCAGUCAAACUGGCGCACAAUUAUCAAAGCCGGGCACAAAGGCUAUGAUGGGUGCACAACAAAAACAACAGAUUACAGCAGCGACUGCAGCAGCAGGACCUACAAAAAAACUAAACACGGCUGUGGCUAACACCGAGAAUCAACCGCCGUCUGCGAUCCCUGGAAACAGCACUAGCACAAAAGGCAACAGCACUGAUAAAGAAAAGACUGAAACAGAAGCAGCAUCAGCAAAACCCAAAAAGACAUGGGCAUUGAGCAACUUUGACAUCGGUCGCCAGCUAGGGCGAGGUAAAUUUGGCAACGUGUAUUUGGCGCGCGAAAAGGAGUCCCAGUUUGUCGUUGCGCUGAAGGUACUUUUCAAGCGUCAGAUUGGCGAGACAAAUGUAGAGCACCAGGUGCGACGCGAAAUUGAAAUCCAAUCGCAUCUAAGACAUCCGCAUAUAUUGCGUUUGUAUGCAUAUUUUCAUGACGAUGCGCGCAUCUAUUUGGUUUUAGAAUAUGCACCUCAAGGCACGCUGUUCAGUGCUCUACAGGCGCAGCCACUAAAACGAUUCGAUGACCGUCAGUCGGCCACAUAUAUCAAGGCGCUUUGCUCGGCGCUGUUGUAUUUGCAUGAACGUGAUAUUAUACAUCGGGACAUUAAGCCGGAGAAUCUUCUUUUGGGUCACAAAGGGGUGUUAAAGAUAGCAGAUUUCGGCUGGUCUGUUCAUGAGCCAAAUUCUAUGCGUAUGACGCUCUGCGGCACUGUUGAUUAUCUACCGCCCGAAAUGGUGUUAAACAAACCGCACACCAAAAACGUCGAUCUAUGGAGCUUGGGUGUGCUAUGUUUUGAGCUGCUGGUGGGUCAUGCGCCAUUCUAUUCGAAAAACUAUGAGGAGACAUACAAAAAGAUACUUAAGGUGGACUAUAAACUUCCAGAACACGUUUCCAAAGCGGCAACUCAUUUAAUAUCCAAGCUAUUAGUGUUGAAUCCCCAGCAUCGAAUGCCGCUAGAUCAGAUCAUGCUGCAUCCAUGGAUUAUAGCUCACACACAAUGAUGCACUGAAUUGUAAUCUUAAACUCAUUUUAUACUCUUUUUGUAUUUGACUGUUUCAGUUUUUAUGUUAAAAUU